UUUUGAAAUAGUAUAAAUUGUUUUGUUUACUUGUCUAGCUAAGUAUAUUAUAGUUCACAUAUGGCAGCAAUAAAAAAAUUUUUCGAAAAGAAAAAAAUUAAUGCAAAGUUUAAAGUAGCUGGAGUAGGACAUUCACUUUCAGAAAAUAAACCACCUGUUGUGAUUCCAGCUACAAAGCCAUCAACUGUGAGACAGCAACCAACUGAAAAUAAAGCUGGAGAGGCUGCACUUUUAAGACUCCAAAGCCAGCAAGCAAAACCUAAAAUUCCAAAGUCAGUAAAUGCUUCAUGGAAACAUCCCACAAAUCCUAGUGGGUCAACAGCAAUUGACAUGGAACAAUUAAAAAAUGAGAUGUAUACUUCUGUUGUAAAACCUAAAUCUAAUUUUAAACCUGAUGGUACAAAAUCAGAAUUAGCUGUUGACUCUUUAACCUUUAUUUGCCCUUUGUGUCCAACAACAUUAACCAAACCUGAAAUUUAUUAUCAUUUAAGAAAAUGUCUUGAAAAUGAUUUUGAGGCUGAGCCCUUGAUGAUUUCAAUUACAAUGAUAUAUUCUUUAAAUCAAAAUCGUUCAGAAAUUCAAAAUUGUGUAGACAUUCUUGCAAAAUAUCUACAGAAUAUUAUUGACAACAAAGGGGAAGAAAAAUAUCUUAAGAUCAAGAGAUCUAAUAAAAUAUUCUCCCAGAAAGUUGAAAGUAUGCAAGGUACAAGAGAGUUUUUAAUAAAUGGUUGUGGAUUUGAACUUAAAAUGUUACCAACUGAAGUUGAAAAUGCUAUUGUAGAGCAAGAGUUUUAUGUGUUGCCUAAAUCCAUUGCUGAUGAUAUUGAACAUUUGAGCAUGAUUAAGCAAAUGCUUUUAGAAGCCGAACCUUUGGAAGUAUCUUUGGAUAGAAAUGUUCGUGUUUUUUGUGCAUCAUCUUCUUCAAAUUUUUUAGAAGUUCCUGAUUCAUUUUUUACUGUGUCUGCAUCAGAAGUUAAGAAAGAGCAUGAAUUUCUUCAGCAAGAGAUAGAGAGUAUGCAGGUUUUAAAAACUAAAGCAAUGCGUGACAAUCUUACAUCAAAGCGUAGCUAUCAGUAUAUGGUUUUAAGAAUUAGAUUUCCUGAUGGUAUUUUAUUGCAAGGUACAUUCUCUUGUGAUGAAACUCUGAAAGAUCUUUAUACCUUUGUUGUAGAUAACUUGAAUAUGAAUUGGUUACCUUUCAUGCUUGUUGAUUCUACUGGCAAAAGUUUUCAGAAUAAUUCUUCAAAAUUGUCUGAAUUUAAGUUAGCACCUGCUUCUUUGCUAAACUUUAAAGUUGAAACUAAUAUUAUUGAAGAAAUGAGUUUUAAUUCUGCGGAUAAAAAGCUCCAAUAUUUAAAAGAUGAAACUUUGGCUUUAAUAAGUGAAGAAAUAUAAAUAUUAAUUAAAUUUUGGAAUUACAGCUAUGUUUAAUUUUAUCAUUCCAAACAAUUUAUUGUUUUCUAUAUAUACUGUAAAUAUUGUAUGCAA